AUGUUAAAUUCAAAUCAAAAUGAGGAAUACGUAAUUAAACACACGAAGCAGAUAAACCCAUACAAAAACAACGACAUAUUUAUCCCAGGUGACAAUCUCUUCGAUAAUGAAAUCAACAAUGUGCAGUACGGAAAUGAUUUAAAUGGGCCAAUAAAUGUGGCGAGUAUUUUACUGGAACAGAAGAAUAAAGGAGAUGACGCAACUUUUAAAACGAAGGAGGAACACUCCAACGUGGCCCAAAUGGAUAGCAAAGCGGAAGGGAAUAAUCGUACAAAUCGCCUGAAUGGAUCAGAAAAUAGUGAACAUGUAGCGGAAGAAACAAAGGAGAGCCAUGUGCGAACACAUGAGACGGGAGAUGGAACUUCUGAGGAAUAUUCCACAAAUGAUAGACAGACAAGUGUAAACGGGGUAAGUGGAAAUAAUGACGUGUUGAAAUCUGUGAAGAAGGAUGAGACCCAAAAGACGGAUUCCCCAUAUGGAUACGAUGAAAAGAGCGGAAGUCAACAGGACGUUCUAACGCAGUCAGGUAGGCGCAGCGAGGGGGUAGUAGAAAAGGGCAUCACUGGAGAUGUUGAAAGAGGGGGCAACCGAGACACCCACAAUAGCCAACUCGAAGAAAAGAAGCAAGAAGAAAAAAGCGUGAAGGAACAAACUAAGGAAGGACUCACCAAAAAUGUUGGAACGGUUAUUUUUAAAGACCAUGUGAACGAAUUCAGCAAGAUAAAAUUAAACGACAUUAACAACAUCGAUUUGGGAGAUAUCGAUAAGUACGAAGUGAUGAAAGAUUCGGGAAAUAAACAUAAUAGCAAUCAUGCAGUUUACUCCUUCUUUGGGUGUUUAAUAUAUGUCUUAUUUGUAAUAUUAGGGGCACACAUCAAUCCAGCAUAUACCUACGCGUUAUGGCUAGUGGAGCCGAAAAAAUAUGGAUUUGUAAUCACCACGUGCUACGUUACAUUUCAGUACUUUGGGGGCAUCUUGGCAAGUAUCCUAUGCGCACAUAUGUACGGAAGUAUAUUUAUCUAUGCCCUAUUACCAAAAAAGGAAAUUAUGAAAACUUUUUUUUGUGAAUUUAUUUCCACCUUCUUGCUAACCCUACUGUUGUUAAGUUUGUAUAAUUACAAAAAAAGAUUUAUGGAAGAAAAUAAAAAUGAAAAUUCACUCAUUUUUAACACGAUGAAAGGAAAAAAUAUGACGUCACUGUACACCUUUAGCAGUUAUGAAGAUAUAUACGGAACGAAUGGUAGUUUUAACAUCUCUUCAGUUUUGUUAUCUUUUUUAAGUGUUUCCAAAAUAUUACAGUUGUUGAAAUUGUACAUUACGUCGUUACCCCUGUGGAUAGGGCCAUAUGUCGGAUCAGCCUUUGCGACAGCCUUUAUGAAAUUGUUCAAGGAAGGAGAAGAAGAAAUUGUUAAUGUCAUUGACACCAAUGUGUAUAGCAGUAACAGAAGGAAUGAGAGGAUGCCGCUGAUAGGGAAACAUAACGCCAAGCGAAAUGCCUACCUUGUGGAAUAUGACGAUAAUAUUCACCAUAAUUCGAGCAACUACUUAAUUCCGAGUGUCUUUUAA